GGUAACCUCGCGAGAGUUCCCCCCGGACAAGAUGGCGGCGCGGUCGAGCCGCUGAGAGGAGCGGCCAGCGGCGGACGCGGAGCGGGAAAGGGAGCGGCGGCGGGCUCGGCCUGCGGGGCGUCCCCGAGCGGAGACGCGGGGGCAUGCGGUCGGGACGGGACUCUCCCCCGCCGCGGCUCUGAGCGCUUCGGGCCCUUCCCCACCGCCGCCACUGGCUCCUCCUCUCCCCGCCGGGGCCCCGCUGGCGAUGACUGGAGAGAAGCUGCGCUCGCUGCGCAGGGACCACAAGCCCAGCAAGGAGGACGGGGACCUGCUGGGGCCCGGCGAGGAGGAGGCAACGGCCGCGCCCGGCGGGGGAGGAGGCGGCGGCGGCGGCGGAGGAGGAGGGGGCGGCUUCACCGGGGGUGGCAAGAGCGGGCGCCUUGCCGGGGGCCACCGCGUCUUCACCAACCACCACCGGCUGCCUCUCAAGGCCGGGCCGGGGGCCUCUUCCCCCGCCGAGGCCGAGAAGGCCGCCAUCGCCGCCGCCCAGUUCCCCGUCCACGAGUGCGUCUUCAAGGGAGACGUCAGGCGCCUCUCGGCCCUCAUCCGCACGCAGGGCAUCGGCCAGAAGGACAGCCACGGAAACACUCCAUUACAUCUUGCCGUGAUGCUGGGGAAUAAAGAAUGUGCCCACUUGCUUUUGGCUCACAAUGCUCCUGUGAAAGUGAAAAAUGCUCAGGGAUGGAGUCCUCUCGCAGAAGCCAUCAGCUAUGGAGAUAGACAAAUGAUUACAGCACUGCUAAGGAAACUGAAACAACAGUCUAGGGAAAGCGUUGAAGAAAAGCGACCUCGAUUAUUAAAAGCCCUGAAGGAGCUAGGUGACUUUUAUCUUGAACUUCACUGGGAUUUUCAAAGUUGGGUGCCUUUACUUUCCCGAAUCCUGCCUUCCGAUGCAUGUAAAAUAUACAAACAAGGUAUAAAUAUCAGGCUUGACACAACACUUAUAGAUUUUACUGACAUGAAGUGCCAACGAGGGGACUUGAGCUUCAUUUUCAAUGGUGAUGCUGCACCCUCUGAAUCCUUUGUAGUUUUAGACAAUGAACAAAAAGUUUACCAACGAAUACAUCAUGAGGAAUCUGAAAUGGAAACAGAGGAAGAAGUUGACAUUUUGAUGAGCAGUGAUAUUUAUUCAGCAACGUUAUCAACCAAAUCAAUUACCUUCACACGUGCCCAGACAGGAUGGCUUUUCAGAGAAGAUAAAACAGAAAGGGUAGGAAACUUUUUGGCAGACUUCUACCUAGUUAAUGGGCUUGUGUUAGAAUCAAGGAAAAGACGAGAACAUCUAAGCGAAGAAGACAUCCUUCGAAAUAAGGCUAUCAUGGAAAGUUUGAGUAAAGGUGGAAACCUGAUGGAACAAAACUUUGAGCCUGCCAGGAGGCAGUCCCUUACACCUCCUCCACCUAACACGAUUACGUGGGAAGAGUACAUAUCUGCAGAAAAUGGAAAAGCACCACAUUUGGGUAGAGAACUCGUCUGUAAAGAGAGCAAGAAAACAUUUAAAGCCACAAUAGCCAUGAGCCAGGAAUUUCCUCUGGGAAUUGAAUCGUUAUUGAAUGUUUUAGAAGUAAUUGCACCCUUCAAGCACUUUAACAAACUCCGGGAAUUUGUGCAGAUGAAACUUCCACCAGGCUUUCCUGUAAAGUUAGAUAUACCUGUAUUUCCAACCAUCACAGCCACUGUGACUUUUCAGGAGUUUCGCUAUGAUGAAUUUGAUGAAUCAAUCUUCACAAUUCCUGAUGACUACAAGGAGGACCCUAGCCGCUUUCCUGAUCUCUAACAUAACUGGAACGUUAUCAGCAAAUAAAGAAUACCAGCAUGCCACAGAGAGAAAAACAGGAUGCAGAAAGCCCACAUACAUGUUUCAUAAAGUGGGUGAAAUAGGAAGGGAUAAAACUUGUUUAAAUGAAUUCAGAAAGGGAACACAAAGUGAAUCUCAAUCCGUUGUACCAUCUAGCAAGCAUCCCAUCUAGUGUCUAAAUGAGAGCAGGUCUCCUGAUGCGUCAUAUACAUUUAUACAUCCAGACCUGCAAGCAUGGUAGCCUGGCACCUCAGUGACUCCCCAUCCCCCCACAGAUACAUAACAGCUAUAAGGACUGUCAUUUGUUUUUUAAAAUGAUGUUUCUUGGAAAUAAUAAUAAAAAAUACUCUUGGACCAUUAGCAUAAAAACUAAAAUGUCUUACCUGGCUGUUAACCUUUUAAAACAUCCAUCUUCCUCAAGAUGCCCUCAUAGCCUUCCAUCAAGCUUUGUUUUCAUAAAUUGUAAAUUCUGUAAUAUUCCGUGAACUGAGCAUCAGUUGAGCAUAUAGUAGAAGGAAUUUUCUGUAGAUGAAUGAACCAAAUGGUAACCAUUUAAACCAUUGCAUUUACUUAUUGCAAUAUGUUUCUGAACUAGAGCAUUCACUCUGCAGGGAAUAAGGUACCUCCUCUUAGCACCUUAGUGCAAUUCAUUGUGGUGCUAUUCUAUUUUUUUCCAAACUCUUAAUUUCUCCACUGAAAGUUGUUUACUAAUCUUCUCAUGAAAUCUGCAGAUGUGAUUUCAGUCUGUUUGGAAAUAUCCUUGCCAUGUAUGUUGGAGACCAUGCUUGGAGACUUUUUUGGCCUACAAGUUAAAUUGCUGACAUUUUAUUUUGGGCUUAGCAGAUCCACAGAAGCUGCCCAACAAACACACAAGCCUUGUAUUGUUACAGCAACAUUUGGAAAUAUAUUGAAUAUAUGCAGUUACUUUAAAAACAAUCUCAGAGCUUCAGCUUUUCCGAAGUAAAAGCUGGGAGAAAUGAAUAGGGCUUGCAAUGGGUAGAAGAAAUAAAACCCCAUAAGAAUAAGGCUGUUUUCCAGUGUGGGUAACUAGAGAAAGGCUGUUUGUUUUUCUUUAGAUGAAUUUUUAAAAGCAAAUAUCUUCACAUGUUUCUAGGGUAUUGGAACUUGAAGAUCACCCAGCCUUUUUGCUUGACUGGAAAGAAUGUGUCUCCUAUUGUCAGUUCCUAUGUUCAUUUGUAUCCAGAGGUUUAGCUUCCUGUGAGGUGUAAAUGUAUAAUAAUGUAAAUAUUUUCAGAAGUAUAUUCUUUGUGCAGUCUGGUCAAUCUUUUUUUUUUGUUUCCUGGGAACUGCUCGAGUCACUUUUGGACUUCAAGAAAAACACUGCACUGGGUAAUACGCUCAGUUAGAAUGUGAAACGGGAUGGAGCGAGUUAGCAUGCAAUAAAACAAGACUCAUGAGCUACAUAAGCUCUGUCAGGGGAAAAUGCAAGGAUAGUCACACAUUGCUUUGUACUCAAAUCAUGUGCAGAGAGUUAACUCUAGAAGAAGGGGGCUUCGUGACCUACAACAGUGGAGAAGCGUUGGGCCCAAUUCCAGAAAAACUGUAAAUGUGUUCCAACCUUAACUGAUGUUGGUAAGGAAGACUGACAGCUGAACACAGCCUCUGCUGGCUUUGUACGUAUUGUUGUUGGUGCCAUGCUGUGGAAAGUACCAUUUCAGUACCAGUAUCCAUUAUGACAGGUGCAGCCUACCCUUGUAAAUAGAUAAUUAUAAAAUGGAGAGGCAUUGUCAUUUUUUAAAAAAGAAAUACUGUUUCCUGUUGUGAGAUGAUUGCUAGAAGAAACAUUGGGCAUGUAAAUGCCUAACCCUAUAGGGUGAACCUAGUUAGCAGCUCUAUCAAUGGGAUGGUAAGGAGAGCUAUUGACCCCACUGUCCCCUCAAUCGUCUCCUGAGACUUGGGAGAACCCUCUGGAGCAGAUUUGGAGAGUGGAAGCUACUUGAUGGAAGAGAAAUCAACAUCUGUUAUGUGAAUGAAAGCUUGCUCUUGUAACAUAACACCAUACUCUUUGGUGUCAGGCCAGCAAGGCAUCUCAUGAACGAGGAGAUGCUUAAUACAAAAUAUAUAGCACUGUUCUCAUAAUUAAUGGGCUUAAUUAGAUGAUGGUCAUACAUCUGAGGAAAUAUGCCUUUGGUCAUCUCCUGUACUACUGGGUAAAUAAUGCCAAAGUUGUCUGUUAUACAGCUCUAAAAAAUAAUGAUUAUCCCAAGAAGUGUCACACUAGCAUGUAGCAAAUAGGUUCAUUUCAUGGUAGGUUGGGUGCUAACUUAAUUUGGUCUAUAGAGCAAGCUCAUUUUAAUUUAGUUUCAUUUAUUUCAGUGGGUCUUGUGAAAAACCAGUCUAGGAGAAGUCUUAGCCCAAACUAAUGGAAUUACUGUCACGUUUCAUGAAAUCAUAAUUCUUGCCGAGUAAGUUAUGUCUUCGGGGAGUUUUUUAAUUUAUACCAUCCUUGACAAAAGUGAGUCCUUAGAGAUUUUGCAAACCUCUGUCUACCCAAUGUAUUAACAUGGGUAGAUUUUGAAAUUAUUUUUUUCUCAUCCUGUUUUAAAAUACUUAGCUAUAUAAAACAUAUUUUCAUUUGCUUCCAGUAGUGGAUUGGGGUGGGGGAUCAAAUUUUGGCCUAUGGCCAAAUGUAUAUCUGCUUUGUCUACUUGGUUAGCCAUGCAUGAAACUUCUCAUUUGAGAGGUCGAUCCACAUAUACAAAAGUAGCUUUCUUGUACUUGGUACCUUUUUUUCAUAUAAGUGCAAGACGCAUUCCUUGAAAGAGAACUCCAUGGAUAUAUUGUCCUACAUAAAGUAAGAUCAGGAAGUGUUACACGGGAGAUAUUGAUGCUUGGUUAGAUACAUGAAUGAAGAAAAAUGGUUUAGCACUUAGUAGUUAAGCACUUCUAAGUACCCACUGUAGCUCCUUUUAGAUUUACUCAUAUUUUUUCUCAUAUAACCCAAGUCACAGUUUGGUAAUUUUGCAUGGCAAACCUUGUUUUUUAAGGGCACCCCUACUAGUUGGUAUUUAAAACUUUCUAUUUCAUGGGACAUUUCUGAAUCAUUUUUGAUGAUUUUGGAAAUAGGAUCGUUGUGGUAGGAUUAUGAAGAAUACAUUCAUGGAAAAAAUUGUAAAGCACCAAACACUAAAAAGCAUCACAAGGGGCCAGGUUAGGAUGAAGUGCCUCUUCCGUGCUUAUUGAUCAUGGUUGGAAGAUAAUCUCUUUGAGAAGCAGAAUGUAAUUGAAUUAGUGUUAUGAAUAUUCUGGACAGAUUAAAUAUAUGAGAAUUUCAUUGAGGUAUGACUUAAAAUCUAGGAAAGUGUUUUGGUAAUCGUAUAUAUGGAAAUCCUUUUCAAGAUUUCCCAAACCUCUUCCUUAACCAAACUUACUGGUCUUCCAAAUAAUUGCUUUAAUUAAUGGCAAAGGGAAUAAUAAUCUUUCCAAGCAGUUAGUAUUUCAGUCACUUUAUGUUUUGAGUUUGCAGUUUAUGGUUACCUGACAAUUUGUAUCAGAGAAUACACUUGUGGAUAUAAAUCUGUGCUGGAAACCCACUUUAUGUUGAGCAUAAUAUAUUCAGAAAGUCAAAUUUUAAAGAUAUACUUGUUGAUUUUGAUCAUUAAAGUUACUUUAUUUAAACUUUAUUAACAAACUUCCUAUAAUGCUGCAGUUUUUCUUUAACAGUUUAUAAUUGUGGAAACUUAAUGUCAUUUUUGUAUAUUUCUUUUCAUGUGUUCUUUGUCUAAUCUAAACUCAUCCUCACUAAUAGGGUUUUUGGUUGUACCACUUAGAAUUAAGACCAAAAGAUGCUAUUUGCUGAACAUAUGAACAUUUUCAGAUCUAUUAUUCUAACAUGUGUGGGCACUUCCUCCAUAUUAGAGGAAGAAUAAGAAGUACAAAAAGGCUGUUACAGUGUACCACUUUCACAAGGACAUUUUAUUGGUCAGUUUUUCAAUAAAAUCCUCAAUUUUCAGUGCA